CGCGGGUGGGGUACAUCCGGUCUAAUGGCGUCGAGGGCCAAGCACUGUUGUCACAUUUUGUCCUACAGUGUUUCAAUAUUUCACUUUGUUUAUGUCACGCGAAUCACACGGGGCGAAGACGAGGACGAGGGCCGGACGCGCGAAUUAUCCUAAACGAAGGUGAGAGCGAGGGGAUUUUCGUGCGGGCGACGCGUAUCAAAACGCCGCUGAGAUUUUCCGACUGGUCCGGGUGCAGUGACCUUGGUCCCGCUGUCAGACCCAAGGUACAAAAAACUGACUUCUAUAAAUCGGUAGAAGAUUUUGCAAAAGACAACACUUGGACGUUGUCCAGGGAUACACUCAAUUAUGGAAGUCACAACAGAGGAUGCACAGGCUGUGCUCUUGGAGGGAAUGGAAGGUGCACAGUACAUCGCCAUUCAAAGGGCUGACGGAGAAGCUCUAAGUAAAGGAGUACCACUGUUAUCCUUGAACGGUGAAUUAAUCUCGGAGGGUAUGGUCGUGGACAUGAUUAACGCCGGUGUUGGCACAGAUUACGGCGCGGGGGCACAAUAUUACGAAUCAGACGACUUGUUGCAACAGGAACUGACAGAGAAUAUGAAUUAUGUGAUGCAGGAUGAUCGUAGGCUUGCUGCGGCUCUGGUUGCGGUACAGUUUCAUCACCAGAAGCAGCAGCAACUCCACAUUCAGUCCCAACACGAGGAUCCAACUCUUCCAGACGUUUCUCAUCUAGAAACUCUAGCGCCUGUGAAUUCGUACUCGAUUCAAACAGUGCCGGAACCGAAUACCACCUCUCCUGUAUAUCCACCUUUGCAACCCUUUAAAAGAAUAACGCAAAACGUAAAGCAAGAGUUCAUCAAUGUUAAGAGCGAAUAUGACGUUGAGGUUUCCACAGAGAGCAGCGAAGAUGCCACAUCGGCGUCCGGACCUAAGAAAACUUUGCCACAUAAGAAGAGAAUACCUCGUAAGCUGAAGCAGCAACAGACCAAGAAGAACGCGUCGCGGAAGGACAAUAGCAAAUCGGGUCAAGAAAAUACGACAGUUGAACUGGCUAGUGAAAUCCAAGUUAAUGUCUUCAAAUGUGAAUUGUGUAGUUCUAAGUUUAACAGUCAGCUGAAGUUCUUUGAACACUUAAAGGUACAUUAUGAACCGGUAAAACAGGAGACACGAAUAGCUCAAGCGACGAAUACCAAUAUCACAAUAUCAGUGCCAGAAACAGUACAUAGUUUAGAAAAUACUGUAAUCGAAGAAUUCAGCGAACCCGAAGACCUUAUGGAAGGUAUUCGAGGUGUAGUGGAAGAAACUGGUGCUCAUAUCGAUGAUGAUACAGACUCUCCGCUGCCCAUUGCAAACAACGAAUCAUCAUUGUGGACCAUUACCGAUGCCCCAGAAGUACAACAGAGGGACCAACAACAAUUAAAACCAUCGGUCGUUAACGAGAAUAAAACUUCCGACGAGAAGGCAAAGACUGACAUUCCACAGACAGCUAAGAAAAAGAAAUCACCAAAAACGCGAAAGUCAAGUGACGAUUUAACGUGUCGUGAAUGCAACCGUUCAUUCCAUCAUAAAAAUAGCUUAGUCUAUCACAUGCGAUCUCACAGUGGAGACCGACCGCACCAGUGCGAGGUUUGCAGCAAGCGAUUUUUCGCUGCUAGCGCGUUAAAAGUUCAUUUGAGACUUCAUAGCGGCGACAAACCGUACAAAUGCGAGGUGUGCGGCCGACAUUUUCGACAAUGGGGCGACCUGAAGUAUCACUCGACGAGCAUUCACUCGGAGCAGAAGCAAUAUCAGUGCGAAUACUGCGCCAAAGAGUUUGCCCGAAAAUACUCACUGAUCGUACACAGACGUAUCCACACCGGAGAGAAGAAUUAUCGCUGCGAGUACUGCAGCAAAACGUUCCGGGCGAGCAGUUACUUACAAAAUCAUCGUCGUAUACACACGGGUGAGAAGCCACAUCCGUGCACGGUCUGCGGGAAACCGUUCAGAGUGCGAAGCGACAUGAAGAGGCACAUGCACACGCACUCUCGAGCAAAGACAAAUGAGAAACAGCAGUCGCUGAACAGGAUCCUAACCGGGAAGAACGUGGAGGACAUGGAGGGCGAUAAAAUACAGGCGAAAACGAUUCAGGAUCUUGUGAGAGACCUGAAAUUGGAGGUUGAGGCAUCAGGCAACGCUAUCGUCCCACCAGACGAUAAUCCGGAGAGCAUUUUGCCUCACACUGGCGGACAAAAUCUGGAGUACACUAUAACGUCGACGGCAGAUACUAUAAUCGCGGACAGGGAUCCCCUGGAAGCCGUUGCGCGAACGACUGAUAACAUACAAUACUUUUUUGAACCGAUAUAAUGUUGGACUAUUUGACGGAACGAAAAUAUGUGUCGUAUGUUGUGCGACAAGUUGGAUCACUUAUAUUGGCGGAAUAUUGGCGCUCAAUCGGUCUGUAAAAUAUUGCAUCUUUAUCGCGGGCUCUUGAGCAGAUUGUCCGGAAAUAUAUUAAUAACAGCUAUAAUUCCAUUUUAUAAUAAAAAUUCUGUUAUGCAUAACUUUAUAAAUCUUUUAAAGAUUUUCACUUCCGGACAAUCUAAUGUAAAUUCAACGACUGACGAGUGAAUUACAUUAAUGCACUGCCUAUAAACAAUUGUAACAUAUGUUCCAAUAUUUCUCGAAUGGAGUAAAUAACUUAUGUAAAAAUAUAUAGGUCGUUACCGUUUCACACAAAUGAAAAUCGGAAAAACGCAGUUCUAUCAAACAAUAUCACACACACAGAUACAUAUGUAAUAAUCAACACUAAUCACGCAAUUGUACAUUUUUAAGUCUAGACAAUUUAGUGGUUUAUAUAUUGUGAAUCAUCGUUAAAAAAAUAUAUUUUUUACUUGAA